AAGCUAGGAGUUUGCUGUUUCCUAGUGCUAUGUAGAUUACGUACAGUGUUAAACACUGUACUUAAUAGUGGAUAUUUAACUAUCAUCCGGUUGUUUUGUAGUACCAAAGGAAAAGGCGGACGCCAGAGUCGAGGAGCUAGAGAAGGAACUAGCGAUAAGUCGGAUCAUUAUUGAUAUGUUAGACAGCUGGUACAUACGCAGUACGAGCGACGAAGCACAACGAAAGAGUCCUCUCAUGACUUUGAUAGAACAAACGCCACAAGACGCUUUCGAAUCUAUGAUGAACGAUGAAUCGCAGCCCAUGAAUCCGAUUAUGUCGAUGAUGAGCGAUGAGGCACAGCAACAGACUGCGAUCUUAUCCAUGAUGAAUGACGACGAACCACUGCAGCAGAACCCCAUCAUGCCGGCAUUAAAUGAACCACCAGCGGUAGAUCUGAGCAGCAGUGUUGAGGACGAAAGUGAUGAGGAUGAGUCGGUCACGUACGUCACCGAUUAUAGGGCACUGUACGCUGAAUUGAAACAGAAAUUCAAAAAUAUUAUUCAGGAAAACCACUAUUUUAAGGAUGUUCUUAAGAGUAGCCAAAGACGAUUGCUAAAAGUUUCGCGCGAUCGUUCCUUUCUGCUUGAGCGUCUGGAAAAGUAUGUUAUGGUAGAUGGAUCGUCGUCCGACAGUGACGCAACAGUCGUUUCGGAAGAUUCGGAUUGUGUGGUAGUAUCAACGAGAAAGCGAAAAGUAGAAACAUCCACCUCACAAGGCACCAGCUCCUCAAUGAAGCCUCCCGCUGCACCGCGACGGAACAAAAAGAAUACCAAAAAGCAGCAGCAGCAGCAACAGCAACAAAAGCGGCAGCAACAACAGAAGCAACAGAAGCAGCAACAUCAACAAAAAAAGCAGCAACGGCAGCCGCAGUUGCCACAACCGCAAGAACAACUUGCUGAAUCGGUUGUACAGGUGCCUACGCCGCAACUCACGGUUCCGCCGCUACAGCUACAGCCACAGCAGCAAUUAUUGCAGCAAACCGAACAGAUGGCACAAUCUUCGCAAGAUAUGCUUGACCAGCUAACGCCAGAAGAGCAACUGUUGCUGCAAAUGCAGCAAGAAAAAUUAAUGGACUUGAUCAAACAAAUACCCCAAUCGCAACAGAUGUUGCAAGCAUCGCAAUCACAGUCGCAGCAACAGCAACAACACAUCCAGCCACACCGCCCGCAGAUAGAUCAAACACAGCAGCAAUUGAUGCAGUCGCUGCAGCUGCAGGCUCAGCCACAGCAGCAGAUAUUACAAUCACAACAGCCGCCCCAAGUUGUGCAGCCACAGGCGCUGGUUGACCAGCAACAAAUGUUGCGGCAACAGCAGAUGAUGCAGCCGGUUCGACAAAUUCAGCUGCUGCAACCACAGCCGAUGCAGCAGGUUAUGACAACAACGCAGCAGCAACCGCAGGUGCAGCAGUAUUUAAACAAUCCUACGGCACAGGUUAUGCCACAAAUGAGGCAACAGCAAAUGAACCAGCAGCAGAUACGCCAACAGCAGAUCAGACAGCAGCAGAUCGACCAGAUGGAACUGCAGCAGCUUCAGCAGCACAUCCUUUUCCAGCCGCCCUCGUUCGUGCAGCAACCGGCCACGACCAAUGCUUAUCAGUUUCCACUCUCCAUGAUGUCGCAGGUGCCGAAUGAACUGCUUGCCACAACUUCCUACACCGACAUAGACGUACCCGGUGACGACGGAUCGAUGGAGGGACAGAUUACGAAGGAGGAGCUCGAGCGGCAUUUGCAGUCGCGGCAAACAAUGCCACAGGUGAUACCGGAAGGGGAACUACCGAUUGAAAUGUUUAACAACAACUCAUCAACCGAACCCAACGAUCAACUAAAUUAAUUGUAAGGUAACAACUCCCUAAAACAAACAUACAACGCCAUCGCGCCUCCAAUGCUUAACCGAUAAGUGUGUUGUUUGCAUUUCAUUAAAUUGAUCGCGAUACACUAAUUAAGUGUAAAUUUUUGUUUUGCUUACAAUUCAAUGGUCUUGGCUAUCCUUAGUCAUUAGGUAUUACAACAGUCCUUUAAGGGAUUCCUCCAUGGGAGUAAACCAUGUUUUAUUUCCGGUAGCUAGAUAGGUAGCUAGAUGAAAGCAUUAUCCCCUCACCGUACACUUCCCUUACUUACACUUCUCUUUUCAAACGAAUAGCUAAUAACUUUUAAUAAACAAUCGAAAUUAAGUUUGUUUGUUUGAUGAUCAAUUAACAGACAAAAGCUCGGCAUGAUGGCGUUUGAAAUCUCUUUGUUAAACAAAACCUUUUUUUAUAUUCGUUCAGAAACACCAUUUAACGUUGUG